GCCCCCUUUUUUCACACUCACUCACUAUAUAUACUUACAUCCGUCCCUCUCUUCACUUUGGGCAUCCAACACCAAUCUUCUUUCUCUCUCUCUCUCUUUCUCUUAUUCUCUCUAAAUUUAAAUUAAAGAACACUACAAAAGCUAUAUAUGCCAUUCAACUGCAUAAUAACUCAAAAGCCUAAUAACGGCUGCAAUAACAUUAUAACCACCCUUCAAGAUCUUCCCGCCACCAUGUUGGAGCCCGUUUUCCCUAUCGCGUUAAAGUUUGAGGAGGUGGUGUACAAGGUUAAGUUGCAAGGUGAAAAAUGCAAGGAAAAGACCAUUCUAAAUGGGGUAAGUGGAGUGGUAUGUCCUGGAGAAAUAUUAGCCAUGCUGGGCCCAUCAGGAAGCGGUAAAACCACCCUACUUACCGCUCUCGGUGGAAGGAUUGGUGGAAAGUUACUGAGCGGUAAAAUCACAUACAACGGCCAACCAUUCUCCGGUGUGACUAAGAGACGGACAGGCUUUGUAGCUCAAGACGAUGUCUUAUACCCUCACCUCACUGUAUUUGAGACACUAUUGUUUACUGCUCUUUUAAGGCUACCAAGUUCCCUGGCCCACGAAGUUAAAGUGGGCCAGGUAGAACGCGUGGUAGCUGAGUUGGGCCUAACCCGUGUUAGGAAUAGCAUGAUUGGGGGCCCACUAGUAAGGGGCAUCUCGGGUGGAGAGAAAAAGAGAGUGAGCAUAGGCCAAGAGAUGUUGAUUAACCCAAGCUUGAUGUUGUUAGAUGAACCUACUUCGGGAUUGGAUUCAACCACGGCGUUGAGGAUCAUGACCACCCUCAAGGGCCUUGCUGAGGGUGGACGGACCGUCAUCACCACUAUCCACCAACCGUCUAGCCGUCUUUACCACAUGUUCCACAAGGUGGUUCUUCUAUCCGAGGGCAGGCCUAUUUAUUAUGGGUCUGCCUCCUCCGCUCUGGAAUAUUUCUCCUCUAACGGAUUCUCUACCUCCUUAACAAUUAAUCCCGCCGAUCUCCUCCUCGACCUUGCUAGUGGAAUCGGGCCGGAGUCGAAGCAUGCAAUGGAACAAGGUGAGAACAUGGAGAAAGAGAAGAAACAAGUGAGGGAAGCUCUUAUUUGUGCCUAUGAAAAGAACAUAUCAACAACAUUGAAGGCUGAACUUUGCAAUUUGGAGACGGCUACUAAUUCUUGGAAGAAAGAUGGUUCUAACACAACAAGGAAAGACAUAAGAGGAGAACAAUGGUGCACAAGUUGGUGGCAUCAAUUCAAAGUAUUGCUACAGAGAGGAAUGAAAGAAAGGAGAUUUGAAGCAUUUAAUAGGCUCAGAAUCUUUCAAGUCUUAAGUGUAGCAACACUUGGUGGGCUCCUAUGGUGGCACACCCCAGAAUCCCACAUUGAAGAUAGAGUUGCCUUAAUUUUCUUCUUUUCCGUAUUUUGGGGUUUUUACCCCUUAUACAAUGCGGUUUUCACCUUUCCACAAGAGCGAAGAAUGUUAAUCAAAGAACGCACCUCGGGAAUGUACAAACUCUCUUCAUACUUCUUAGCAAGAACAAUAGGAGAUUUACCCUUGGAGUUAGCCCUGCCAACGGCCUUUGUGUUCAUAAUAUAUUGGAUGGGUGGACUAAAGGCAAACCCAUACAUUUUUAUACUAUCCCUAGUUGUUGUCCUUUACAAUGUCCUUGUUGCACAAAGCCUAGGGCUCGCAAUCGGCGCCAUACUUAUGGACAUCAAACCGGCGACCACCUUGGCCUCGGUUACAACCCUCGUGUUCCUAAUCGCCGGCGGCUACUAUGUUCAACAAAUCCCUCCUUUCAUUGUGUGGCUAAAGUACUUGAGUUAUAGUUACUAUUGUUACAAGUUGCUACUUGGUGUACAAUACCAAGAAAAUGAUACGUACCCUUGCUUAAAGAUGGGAAAAUGGGACUACUGCAGAGUUAUUGAUGUUCCUGCCGUUAAAUCAAUGGGCCUCACUAAUUUGUGGAUGGAUGUUUGUGUGUUGGCACUAAUGUUGAUUGGAUAUAGAGUAAUUGCUUACUUAGCACUUCAACGAAUACGUAUGAGGUAAAAUUUUAUGUAGCGCGGAGAGUAUAUAAUUAAUCGUGUUUUUGGGAAGUAGCACCCUGCCACCCUGCCCAUGAUUUUGCCGGGGUCAUAAGAUUUUAUAUGAAUGGAGUAGUAGUACUUAACUAGUUUUUUUUUUUUUUUUUUUUACUUUAUGAAGUUUCUUCAGUUUUUUGGCUUAAAUUUUACUAGAGAAAUAAUAAUUGUAAUUUAGGCAGGAAUUUCAUAAUUAUGGAGGUAAUUAAGUACCCCAAUUUUAUAUCUAGAGUACUACUACUAUUGCUAACUAAUUAAAA